CUCACAUCCGCCCGAGGCGCCGCCGCCGCCGCCAGCAUUGUGCAAUUGUUGGAUCCCUCAAACUGUGAAAUGCUUACCAAAGGGAGGAGAGUUGCUGGAAGGGGUGAAGACAUGUCUGCACAUUAUGCAUUUGGGCCUCAUGAGGAUGAUGCAAUUAUUAAGCACCGGCUUCUGACCAGGACUACAACUACCAGGGGUGAACCACCCCUAAAGAAGCUCCAAAAGAAAUUCAUGUCCUUCGCCACUGAGGUUGAGAAGGAUGCAGACAAUACAAGUGACUGUGAGAAGCUGUACAAGGCCUUUCUACAGGAAAUUAACACUUUCGAGCUGCCUCUUCUUAAAAGCAAGGCUGUAGUUGAUGCAAACGUUAGGGAGAAGGAGAGCUUCAAUGAGCUGCAGGUUGAGAUCCAGCGACAAAUCUUGCAAGCUCAGACUGAUAUUGAGGUUCUUAAGAAGCAGCUUGAACAAAGCAAGAUCGAGAGGCAGCACAAAGAGGAGUGUGAAGCGAUCAGAAAACUGAUUUCCAUGCAGCCUCCGCGGUCAGAAACCGAGAAACUCAUCGCUGAUCUUGAGAAGGAGAUAGCUAAUUUGGAGGCUGAGAGUGCAGCAUGUACAAGGACAUUAGAGCUUAGGAAGAAGCAGUUUGCUCUUCUUCUGCAUGUGGUGGAAGAAUUGCAAAUCUCUAUUGAAGAUGAGCAAAGGAGCAUAGCAGAUGAGCUGAGAGCCGCCACUGAAGAACCAAAGAUGAGCAUAGAGGAGGGCAGCGGCGGUGCUUCAGAUGCAAUGGCUGUAGACUGAUGAGUUAUCUUAGCACUAGCGAGUUUUAUACCCUGCACGCUCAAACAUU